CGGCCGGAGCCGCUGGCCCCGGGCCCCGCUGCCGGCUCAUGCGCAGCCGCCGGGGAUAGCGAUGGCGCCGCGGGUGCUGCCGCUGCCCAGGCAGCACUCCUUCAGCCCGCCCACCGUGCUCAACCCCUUCGUGCACCCGGGCCGCCUCAGCGCCGGCGACAAGCUGCGGUCUGUCCUGCAGGGCAUUAUUUUGCUCCCCCUCCGUGUCAUAUGCCUCUUAGUGAUUUUACUGCUAGCUUGGCUGUUUGCAUCAAUUGCAACUUUUCGUCAGCCUGGAAGAGGAUUUCUGCCWCUAAAAGGAUGGAGAAGGAGGAUAAUCCACACAGCCCUCUCCUGCGUGACUCGUACCGGGUACAUGCUGAUGGGAUUCCAAGUUAAAGUGAAAGGGAAAGUAGCGAGUCUAACAGAAGCUCCAAUCUUGGUCGCAGCUCCUCAUUCAAGCUUUUUUGAUGCCAUUGUUUGUGCUCUAACUGGAAUGCCAUCCAUAGUGUCUAGAGAAGAAAACCUGAAAACUCCAGUAUUUGGCACAAUUUUAAGUUCYCUUCAGCCUGUAGCAGUUUCUCGUCAAGACCCUGAUUCACGGAAGAACACAGUCGCCGAGAUCACCAAGCGGGCUUCAUCAAAAGGCCAGUGGCCCCAGGURCUGAUUUUCCCAGAAGGCACCUGCACAAACCGAUCUUGCCUGAUCACUUUUAAACAAGGUGCCUUUGUUCCACGAGUCCCUGUCCAACCUGUGUUACUCCGAUACCCCAACAGGCUGGAUACUGUGACCUGGACGUGGCAGGGCUAUUCAUUUAAAGAGCUCUGUGUAAUGACACUGUGUCAGCUCUUCACAAGAGUAGAAGUUGAGUUUCUGCCUGUUCAUGUUCCUACUGAGGAAGAAAAGAAUGAUCCAGUCCUUUUUGCCAACAGAGUCCGACAGACCAUGGCAAAUGCUUUGAAUGUGCCAGUCACUGAUCACACUUAUGAAGACUGUAGACUGAUGAUUUCAGCAGGACAGUUGACUUUACCCAUGGAAGCUGGACUGGUGGAGUUCACUAAAAUUAGCAAGAAACUCAACCUAAAAUGGAAUCAUGUCAGAGAGCAGUUGGAUACUUUUGCUGCUAUUGCAAGUGCUUCCAAAGGGGGAAGAAUUGGAAUUGAGGAGUUUGCCGAAUACUUGAAGCUGCCUGUUUCAGAUGUCCUCAAAGAGCUGUUUCUACUUUUUGACAGGAAUGGAGAUGGCACCAUCGACUUCCGAGAGUAUGUAAUUGGUUUGUCUGUUCUUUGUAACCCAGCCAACACAGAGGAGACUAUUCGCAUGGCAUUUAAGCUCUUUGACAUGGAUGACGAUGGCACCAUAACAGAAGAUGAGUUUGCUUCUAUUGUUCAGUCAGCACUGGGACUUCCUGAGCUUGAUGUUUCUCUGCUCUUUCAAGAAAUAGAUGCAGAUGAAACUGGAAAGCUCUCCUAUGAGGAGUUCAAGAACUUUGCACUCAAGCAUCCAGAAUAUGCCUCGUUGUUUACUACAUACCUAGAUCUACAGAGAAACCAGUCAGGUAUGUUGGARGGGCAUGACAUUGAGCCACCCAAAAGCAAGCACAGCCCAGUGAGGAGCACAACCUCGGUCUCAGAAACAACACCACUUGCAAGAAAUAAAGUCUGUCCUGAAGGCUGUGAAGAGGAUAACUCAAGUACCUCUGACAAAAAGGAUGACUGAGAAGAUUUUAAUAAUUCAGCUCUUGAAUUCCAUAGGGUUUUUUCCCUAGCUGUUCAUCUGUUCAUAAGCACAACUGAUGUAAAAUAGAGAUGGAAGUUACAAAUUUUUUUAAGAGUUCCCUUUUUUCUGUUCUUUUUGUAUCAGAGGAGUUAGUCCUGUUCGAUUGUAAAGGAAAAACCAUUGUUCAAUCCUUAAUGUCAGUAUCUGGGAGUGUUGUUCUGUGUCUUCCAAGUUCUUGCUUCCAUUAAAGUAACGGGUAAGUAAGAGGGGUAGGAGGCUCCAGCACUGCACUCACCUCUCAGAAUGGAGACUGAGGAGUCCACUUGUCUAAAAACAAGUGGAAUUUUGGUGCUGCUCAAUUUCUCUACAUCCCCAACAUGRCUUGAGGGAGAAAAGUUAUGCUGGUGUGGCAUUUAUAUUUUGCAAUAUCACUUAGCUAUUCUCAAGUUUCUGAGACACAGAAAUGAGUUACAGGAAGCUGAGAGUUGAAGAUGGUGGUUUUUGGCCGUCCUUAGAUUUSCCUUAACUACAUACAAACCAGAAAGCCUGAGUUUCUGAAUAUGCUUGUUCACUGAUGUUAACAGAAACCACUUUAGGCCUAAAGGCUGGUGACAGAUGGAAAUGGCUGCACUUCUAACAACAAAAAACUAAUUGGAAUUCCAAGAUAGCAGCUUACAGUCUAGGGGAAAGUGCAGACAGUAAGACCCAAGAAUUAAUGGACUAUUUCAAAAUAAAUACARUGUUGCUUACAGUAACAACUGUUCAGGAUCACAUUAGGAGGAGCAUUUCAAACUUCAGUGUAUUUUUUAUUCUUGCAAUUGUCAAUAGAGGAAUGUGACCUUGCUCUGCAAAGCUCRUAAGGCAAAUAUGCUGUCAAGCCAUGGUUCUAGUACUUAGUAUCUACUCUAAAGUUGUCUCCUAGAAACCAUGUUUGCAUUACUGUGCCAUUACUCAGUGUGUUCAUGGGGUUUGGUUCAAAACCAAGCUCUUUCUAGUCAAUGAUUGGAAUGUUUUGUCUCAGUCCUGUCUAGUGCACUGGAAAUUGGGCCUUUACCUUUUUCCAUCCUUCUUUAUGCACUUUAUGCAUUAUUUAAAAUAUGUAGAUACUUAGGCAAAUACUUAAAAGCUUGGAAGGGAUGAAAUAAGAAUAUAUUUUCAAAUUCAAACUGAGAUGAGCAGAGCCUAGACUGUCUAGUACCAAUAAUAACCAACUUWCAGCAGGUUUUCAUAUGUGAAAUGAUAACCUCUGCCUCUAAGUUAUUGCUUGCAUUGUCUGGCCACAAGCUCAUUGCUAUGUUUGAUCUUUCUCUGUUUAUAAUUGUGCCUCUCCUGGUAAAAAACAUGCUUAAAAUAAACCUAUAUUUUUWAAAAGA